CUUAGGGGCAGCAGCCCACGAUCCUGCUUUCCAGUUGCACGCCUGCUGGCUGCUUUCCUUCUUCGCUGUAUUUGUUUUCUCCUUAUGGCUUCUGCAUAGCGUGCUGUUUAAUGUUCUAAUUGAUACCCAGCCGCGUCAUCUGUCGCGCGGCAUCGUUGUCACCUGCGCGACCACCACAUGCGAUGCCCGAACAACGGCCGCAUUCAUGGCACGACCAGCCUGAGCUCGCGAACCUGUCACCGGAUUCGUACACGGCCCAGCGUCUGCAACAUGCGACCCCGGAGCACCUUUACCUCACGUCGAGGCGCUUCUUCAUCGGCCCCAUUCCGGAAGGCUGGCUGAAGACGCAUCGCCGCGACUGGUACAAACACCACCUCCACAUCAACUACUCGACCCGCGCCGCCACCUUCUCCUCCGACCGCCGCGGCUCGCGCGACCGACGCCUGACGGGCCUCGAGGGUCCCAGCGCUUCGGCCCUGUUCCAGCACAGCUUCCCGCAGCCCGAAGAACUCUCCGCCGACGAGGACGAAGGCCAGCAGAAUGGUCAGGCUAGUGGAGUGGAAGUCGCGAAGACGGAUACACCGCCUGCGCUCCAGGUCCCGCGUGGGUCGGGACGGAAGGACGAUGUGACGGCAGGAGAAGAAGAUGAAGAGUUUGUGGACGCCGAGUCGGAGCCUGAUGAGCAUCUUCGCGUGUAUACCCACGAAGGGCCCGAGUUCGACCCUUCGAAGCCACGGAAGACGCGCCGGUCAAGUACGAAGUCUUUCGUAACCGCAUCGUCGACGCGAGGACCUGACCCUGACACAGAGUCCGAUGAACAUGCUACCGAACAUCGAGAAGAGCAAGGACAGGCAAGUAGCUUACAAGUUCCUACCGGCGAGGAGGAGGAAGAGGAUACGGCACUGGGCAAACGGCCUGUGUCUAACGUGGAGAGCACCAAUGGUGCGCCAGCGUCUACCGCUGGGGGCGCUUCGGUAGAUGCAGUGUCAACUACAUCUUUGCUACGCAAGGCUGACGCGAAGAAGGAAACCCUCGAUGUCGAUCCCAAGCCGCCGUCGAGGGGCAUUCUCGCGAGGGUGAAGAGGGGCUCUGAGCAGCAAUCGUCGGAUUCCACGGGCUCGCCGCUCGACCGUGCUGAAGAGACGCUGACCCGCAGGAAAUCCAAUCUCCGCAACCUCGUCAAGUUCGACAUCCCAGAGGAUUCGAAGCGCGCGUCGAUACACCUGAGGGCGAAGCAGGCGCAGAUGACGGUCCAGCGAGCAUCGACGAAGCUACGACGGCGGAAGAUAAAGGAUGGCCUUGUGGUGAAGAUGGAACGGAUGCUGGUGCGGGUUGACGCGGCUGGCAGAGAGGUACCAGACGACUUCGACGAGAACGGCAGCCAGAAGAUCGAUUCGAGAGUCAAGGAUAAGUGGCGGGAAUACAUGAUCGUUUGCAGGCAUUCCACCUCUGACGACGCCGACUUCGUGCUUCAAAUGUACAAGACCAGAGUCAUCCCAGAAAUCGAGGAGCCGAAUGCUAGCAAGCGCGCCGCAUACCAGAUACCGCUGGGCCGCAAGGUCACCAAAGUCAAUCUGUAUUCAUCUCUUGACAAGUCUGUCGUUGUCUGGAUGCCCGUUUCUCGAGGUACAAGGAUCUUCAUCAUGCAAGCUCGCACCGCUUCCAAUGCCGUCGAGUGGUAUACAUUCCUUCGCAACAUCAUCGGCUGGCGCCGCGCGUCCGAACUUCAAAUCAACAUCCCCGACAUGAGCGUCAGUCUGAGAAUAUCGGACCCAUUCAAACAGCUAGAAGCGUCUCAGACUGAGGCGCAAGAGGCCGAGGAAUCCGACAACGAGGAGGCUAUCUUGAAGACUAUGCAACAAGAGCAAGCGGUCGCCGAGAAUCUCAUCAAGAGAUGCUUGGAUCAACUGCAAGAUACUCCAGAAUGGGCCGAUGUGCUCGAGUCAUGGGUACGGGACCAGCGGAUCGGACUCGCGUGGAAGCGGUACGAUCGUCUCGAAUGGGUGCACGGCGCGAAUGAACGCAAGAUGUACGGAACGAUAGCUAUGGCUAAGUCUCAUGAUCUCGAGCUUCGGCCCAAGUCGCAUUAUCCCACAACGGCAGUGACUCGCAAGAAGCACAAAACGUUGACCGAGCCGGUACCUGUCGAGGGCUUUCUCAUUCGUCUGACAAGCCAGCGUGGACGCGCGAGGCGGUUGGGUCUUAUGUACCACAAGCAAUUGUACUUCGCCACCUACGACCAAUAUCUAGUUUUCUCACGCCCAACCAAGGCUACCCCUCCACCUCCACCGAAGCUCCCUGCGUCAGACAGGGCGACGGUUCCAUCCGCGCGGACUAUCGCCGACAAGACUCCUGACACUUGGGCUGUCAAUCCAUAUCCUGUGAAAGAUGAUCGCAUCGAAUGGCUGAUGGAGGGCCACUCGGGAACGCCGGAGAGCAGACGGCUCCAUGACGAGGAUGCGGCAGACGAAGCAGAGCGCAAGGCGCACAACCUCCAGAACUGCGAUGGAUACAUCAACCUUGCCGACGUUCUCAAGGUGCGCAAAGCGAAGAAAGGAGCAACACCCGUGGAUGAGAACAUUGAGUCGGGCUCUGAUGUCGACUUUGAUGAGGAUGUGGACGAUUCGACCAGAGAUGAUGGCGUGACUAAAGACCUGGAUAUCGAGCGGACAUUCGAGCUUGUCAUGAAGAACCGUUUGAUCAUUCGCCUACAGGCGGCGGACAAAGCGCGUCGGACAGAGUGGAUCAAUCAUCUCCGCGCCCUGGUUAAAUACUGGAAACACCGCACCGCAUCCGACAUUGCCCUCUACAAGUCUACCCGCAGUCGGAACCUCCUCGCGCUCAACAUCGACGAAGAGGCCGAAGCUUACAUCGGCCAGUUUGCGAAGAAGUGGGAGGUCACGCAGUCCUAUGCCUCGCCUCUACUUUACAACAUGUGCGGCAUUGCGUGCUGUCGUAGCGUCCAUAUGAGCGGUGUACUGUACCGCAAACCGCGCAUCCACUCGCCCUUCACCCGUUGCAACGUCAUCCUCACCGCUGGAACCCUGCUCGUCUUCCACGAUGUGCUUCGCGGCAGGACAGGCCAACAGCUCAAGCAUAUCCACCAUGAACGCAUGGCGAACCUCGAUCUCAAAGACUGCUACAUUUACUCCGGGCUCCUCACCGAAUCCGACCUCCUCUACCAAAACCAGACUUUCGACGCGAAUCAGCCAGGCCACCAUGCGCUCCCAAAAAUCUGGCUCGAAGACGCAUGGACGUCGACGGACGAGGACGUCAUGACUACCUUCGUCGUCUGGCAUGGCAAGAGCAAGAGCUGGUUCCGCGCUGAAGAGGGCGCGGGCGGCGGAGAGCAGUCUGCGCGCGAGGGCAAGCGGACGAGGUUGAAGAGGGUGGCCAAGCUGGGGAGCAAGGGGCGCAGCGUGGUGUUUAGGGCGAGGAGUAGAGCCGAGAGGGAUCAUUGGGUGUUAGCUAUUCAGAAUGAGAUUGAGAAGGUGCAGGGUGGGAGGAGUGAGGACUUUAGGAUCGAGGAGAGUGCGAAGGGCGCGACUUCAAGCACUGCCAACCAGGGUCCGCCGAGGGAGGCGAAUGGAAGCGCGAGGGCGGAGGCUGCGUGAGUGGGUGGAUGUUAACUCGGAGGUUGCGGAUGGCUUUUUCUUGUCGGUGUAUGGAUACCUCUUUGUGUGGGUGGAAGACUGCUUUGGGGCCGAGGGCAUGAGAUAGCACGAGUAUACUUAGCACACAUAACAUAAUUUCCACACGA